AUGAAUCAAAAAGAUCAAUGCGCCGCGGACUCCCCGGCUGCGCUCCCGGACCCCGACGCGCUGCAGGUGCCCGCAGGCCUGGCCGUGCUGCAGGCGCUGUGCGGCGACGUGCCUCAGCUGGGGGUCUUCUGCACCGAGCCCAUCCCCAAAGGGGUCCGCUUCGGCCCCUUCCAGGGCAGAGUGGUCAACACCAGCGAGAUCAAGACGUACGAUGACAACUCCUUGAUGUGGGAGAUUUUCGAGGACGGCCGCCUGAGCCACUUCAUCGACGGCAGGGGCGCCGCGGGGAACUGGAUGUCCCUCGUCAACUGCGCGCGGUUCCCGGAGGAGCAGAAUCUCACGGCCGUCCAGUGCCAGGGCCAGAUCUUUUACGAGACCUGCAAGGAGAUCUUGCCCGAGCAGGAGCUGCUCGUGUGGUACGGGGACUGCUACCUCCAGUUCCUGGGCAUCCCCCUCAGCCUGAAAGGCACGAGCCAAGGGAAGAGACCCCAGCUACAAGCCGAAGAAUCCGGGGAGAGUUAUAAAUGCGAGAGGUGCGGCAAAGUGUUUGCCUACAAAUAUUACAGAGACAAGCACUUGAAAUACACUCGCUGUGUGGAUCAAGGAGACAGGAAAUUCCCUUGUCACCUGUGCGACCGGUCUUUUGAGAAAAGAGACAGGCUGAGGAUCCACAUCCUGCACGUGCACGAGAAGCACAGACCUCACAAGUGCUCAGUAUGUGGGAAGAGUUUUUCCCAGUCUUCAAGCCUGAACAAACACAUGAGGGUACAUUCUGGAGAAAGACCCUACAAAUGUGUGUAUUGUAACAAGGCAUUUACAGCAUCCAGUAUCCUGCGCACUCACAUCCGCCAGCACUCUGGAGAGAAGCCCUUCAAGUGUAAAUACUGUGGCAAAGCCUUUGCCUCACAUGCAGCCCAUGACAGUCAUGUGCGACGCACACACAAAGGUGGCACUUGCUUAGUGUGUGGCAAACACUUCCUAGAGCAGGAAGAAUUCAGAUUCCAUAUGAAGUUCCACACAACUCUUUAG